AGAAAAGAUGGAAAGAGUGAGAGAAGUGCAGAGUGUAAGAGAAAAAAAAUGACUGGCAGCGAAAUGAGUUAGCUUAAGUGUGGCGUGUCCUUAUAGACAGUGUGAGAUCGAGCCUCGGAGGACAGGCGGGGGCUUGAUGAGCUUAAUUAAUUUGACACCAGUCUCUAAAAUGAUCUCUGAACUCCUGAAGUGACAGGAAGAAGUCAGAGAAGAAAGCUGGGUGACUCUGGUGUGUUUAGGUGUAUGUGUGUGAGGAUUAAUGAGCAAGAUUAAAGACCAUUUAAUAUGUGAGGAUGUAUUUAAGCGGGAUUGUCACUUUUUAUUGAGGACGCUGACCUAUAUUGGCUUAGGACAGCAAUGCCUCAAGCAAGAGGCUGGCAAGUACAGUACUUGUUAUCUUACAGUUCAUCACAUUAAAUCUACUGAAGACGUGGAAAAGAUGACUGGAGACAAUUCAGUGUAGGAUCAGUUUAGUGGAACCUUUUUUGGUGCUUUAGAAGUGUGCUCUUGUGAAUAUUAACACAUACAGUAUGCGCACACACGUUGUGAAAAAAACAUAAUGCACUUGCAAUCAGGCUGUGCCCCCUGCUGUUAACAUCACCCGUUUAAAACUGUUUCUUUUUUACAUAAUAUGCUAAUCCACCUCCAUUUCUCUUCCAUCAUAAUGGAUGGGGUGAAACCAGCAAUUACAUCCUGGAGAGACGGGGAAAAAAGUGAGAGAAAAGCAAAAACAGAGGGUUAAUGUAUCUUAUCUAGCCACACAGACCCGUUCUCUUUUCUAGCAGACACCGAGUUUCAUUCAUAAAUAAAACAUUGAAACUGCAUCUAUGGAGGCAGAAUGGAUUGUACGCUUGAAAAACACAAUAAAACCCGAAUAAUAAAGAUAAAAAAACACAUCCGCUUUAUUGCUCUUAUUGUAUAAGCCAAGUUAUAGGUUGAGUAAAUGUUGUAUGUAUUCCCACAUUACACACCCAGUCAGCCACCCCCCUGAGUUUGGUGUUUGUGUGCCCAGUGUGUAGUGGGGACAGCAGGCUUUAAUUGGCAUGGCAGAGUGCCAACUGAUGGAUGGAUGGAUGGGUGAAGAGCGGCACUGUCUCUCAGUGUCUGUCUUUAAGUUGAUGACAGCCAUCUGCCAGUUCCACGGGCUAUUCUCAGCGCUGUGUGUCAGCGUACACUCACUUGUGGGUUCAUUCUGUUCGUCCGCGCCAUUUCUUUGUGUACGAGCUAGCUACCGAGUGUGUACUCGAGGAGCCCUGUCAACCCUGGAUACACACCGCCCACGCAAAUAGCAUCAUGAAACACAGACGAGGUGUGAACACAACAUUGACACCUUUCAAUUGACAUGGCUAUACUCUUCGGCAAACACUUCUGUAUUUAGACAAUCAGCAUCUUCUUCUCGAGACACCUGACACACAUAGAUCUAAUAUUUCCACUUCUUUCAGCAGUUCUUGGCCUAUAGAAAGUCAAUUGUAUCAAAAGUGGCUAGAUUUUUGAAUUAUGUGAACUGGCAAGUCGAGGUUUAGUGUCUAUAUGUCUUCUUCAUGAUGUUUAACGUUUUAAAGCUUUGUUUGGUGCUAGGUUGCUGGUGCGUGUAGAGGCCGUAGUCCUUGUCGCGUCCUUGUAUAGUUUACUUUGAGGACACAUGGAAAGAUUUUCCUGUUGCUUGUUUUCGUCAAAGCUCCAUGAUAUUCAACCCUUCUAUUAUCCUCAAAUAUGACUAACACGUUUUACCCUUGGGUUCAAUCUGACCCUUGGUAUAUUUGCCUCUAGAAAGAUUUAUUGUCAGUCACUUUGUUCAUUUGUUGAGGAAAUAAAUAGGCCCUUAAUAAUGAAACCGAUCAGUGAGUUAACCUGUUCUCUAGCGCCACCAAUAGGCCAAACUUUAAAAUUAGAAUUAAUGUAUCUUGAAAGUUUUCAUACAAAUCUUCUCAAAUUUACUGACAACCUUAAUGACCACAAGAGGAUGAACCCUACUGGUGUUGGUGAUAAUAUGACCUUUCCUUUAGCGCCACCACCAGGUCAAACUCUCAGUUUUAGAGUUAGUGUAUCUUCAAAAUCUUUCAUUAAACAUUUUUCUAAUCUUGGGUGCACAUUCAUGACUCUCACAGAAUAAGCCAUAUUGAUUAUUUUGCAUGAACUACCAAUGUCCUUGAGGGCAUACCCAACCCUCCACAGCACAGGAAACAUAGUAUAAGUCCUAUACUUUGACACGUGUGAGUACAGUAGGUCACUCAUACACACACCUUCAUGCUCAUGGUGCAGGAAAGUUCUCAUGAGAAUAUUGUUUCCCCUUCUCCCAUGUCAUGGUAGCACCAAAAAUGGAAAAUUUUGGUCCCUCUACUGACUUUAAUAGACAAUAUUACAAAACAGAGAAAAUUUCCAGAUGUUCAAAUCCUUGAAGCAAAUAUCCACAUUUAAAAUUGUGUUCUGAUUAUUGAAAGCAAACUCUAAUCAGCUCAUUUUAAGUAUUUCUCCAAGUGUUUUUUUUUUCCACAGUGUCACUUCAUCUGCACAGCCAGCUUUCAGACGCAGAGCUGGUGGCUUUUUUCCAGAUGUUGUCUGUGUGUGAUCUGUUUCUCCAUCAAAGCAAACACACAGCUGUUAAUCAAACCACAAGCUGCCGGCACCGCAGCGUCUAACCUCUCCUGUUUGCUUGUGUGUUCACAGCUCCUGGGUUUCGUGUACGCCUGUUACGUUGUCAGCGCUAUCACCGAGGAGGAGGACAGCUGUGAGUCGUUUAACCUCACCCUUAUACACACAUAAAUACACAUAAAUACACAGACAAAGAAAAAGAGCAUCCGAACCGUUAAUGAAGCACACCCAGAGUGGCGCACACAGAUGGAAAAACUCCCAGCUCUAAGAGAGCAGUGCUACAUCUCACUUCAUCUCCUUCUCUUCCUAUCCCAUCCGACCCUAUAGCCGCUCCAUCUUUCCCCUGUCCCCCUCCUCUCUCCUCCCCCACGCCAGCUGGGUCCCCUCUCUCUCCCUCCAGAACCAAAGGAGCCAUGUGUUCUCUCUUCAGACCUCCUUCAGCCCAUUAUUUCCUUUUUCUUUCACAAACACACACACACAUUGUCGCCUCGUCUGCUCCCCUCGCCUCGUCUGUGUGGUCCUCCUCAGUGUUGUUGUAAACCUGUUGUUCCUGUCUUUUAAUGUACUCAGGCUUUCACUUCUCUCACUUACUUUUCUCCUGAUGCCUCUUGGUUGUUGCUCCAGCUGUCUGUUGCCAGGCUUGAGGUGUUUGUGUGUGUGUUUUGAGCCGCAGGAUUGAACCUCCCAGAUUCUGUCUCACACGCACGCACUUUCCCCUUUCCCGCAUUGUUUAUACACCACCUCCUUAAGUAGCUCCUCUGUGUGUUAUCUUAGUUGUCUGGUUUCUCUACGUUGGCCUGAGUUAAACCUCAAACAUGGAGUCAAAUAAGGGCAGGAGUUAGCCUUGAAAGUUAAUCUUAUCAGAAAAGCAGGCGUUGAACAAGUUGAAGGUGCGGGGAAACUUGAAAGGGGAACCAUUAAAUGAGUCAUAAAAGGAAGACGGACUCACUUUUGAUGAAUGACUCAGCUGCUCUGACCUCAUAUGCAGCAGGUCAGGGGUUGUGCAGGGGGUUAGCCAACCAGAGGACAGGAAACAUUUGAUCAAAGGGGUCAGCGGAGGCCAUAAAUACUCACUGGCAGUGCAGUAACUCCUCAGCAUGCAGAGCUAUGACUGCAUGCCUGAGAAUUGACCAACUUCACACAGCAGCCAUUUUUCUCUGACAUCAAACAGAGCGUGAGAGUCUGAAGGACUGAUGUGAUUUCAGUUUGGAGCUGCAUACUUGCUGACUCAUCAACCCAAGUGUAAAACCAGCUAAUGUUAGGGGUGGGAGAAAAAAUCCAUAAAGCAUGAUAUUGCGAUAUCUUGUCUGGUGAUAUAUCGUAUCAUCUUAUUUACCAAGUAUCGAUUUUUCAAAUUAAUUGUUAAUAUGAAGACAAAUCUAUGACAAAAUAAUUUAAAUCACAAUAUAUUGUAUCGUAUAUUGUAUGCUUUUCUCCCAAUUUGAUUAUUCUACAAUUUUUUUGGAUUUCAAUUCAAUUUAAACUACGAUUCUAUGAUAUUGUCAAUUUUCUCGAUAUUUUGUCUGCAUUUUUAACACCAGUGAAACAGUUGAAUGAUCAUGAUUGUCGACCAACUAUUCCUGGAACCAUAUUUCCCCAAAAAAUAUACAUCACAUGUAAGUCAGUUAUUAAGAUUUAUUCUUAAAUUUGGAGAAAAAAAAAACAAAAAAACAUUUUGACCAGAAAAAAAAAACUAAUUUGAAUAAAAAAAUCGAUUUAAAAAUUAGAAAACAAAAAAUCAUGAUACUUGUGUUAAUCCAUUUUUUCUCCCACACUUAUGGUUUGCAAGAUGGUUUACAUGAAAAUAAAAUACAGUGUAGAUAAGACAAACACAAAGGAAAGCCAAAUGCUAAACUAGCUAAACAGAUGAAAAAAUUAUACACAUUGCAAUAUAUUGUUUAGCAAUACUCACUGUAUUGCAAAAUGUCAAUCGCAAUAAUAUCGAAUCGUGGCCCAAGCAUCUUGAUAAUAUCAUAUCGCUGUGGGCCACUAGUGAUUUCCACCCCUAGCUAAUGUUAGCUUGUAACUACAGAUUAUCUGACAUAACAUUAGCUCAGAAGCUAACACGACGUAAGUGAGGAAGACCCUUUUUGUGGCAGACGUCAUCAAAAAUAUGUGCAUUUUAGCAACUGGAAACUGACACUGUGAGGUGGUGAUUUUCUGUCAGAGGUUGUAGUGGUAGUAACAGCUUGCAAGAAUCCUUGUUUCUAUUGUAAAGUCUUCAAAGAAAAGCUCAAAGCAUUUGUGAGAGAUACAUUCAGCUGCAAGUCGCUAGUUAUUAGGGUCUCAUCUUGUGAGAUAGUCUCACAGAAUGUUAAAGCUACAACACAGCAGAAAAGCGUCAUCUCAGACUUUUAGCUUUUAACUCUGAGCAUGAUAUCUGAGGAAAAUAGCUGCUUCUUGAUUAUAGUCCCUUCUGCUUUUACACAAUUUGGCCUUGUCAAUGUGAGCUCAGUGAGCAAGCGCUCUCUAUGAGGAUUAGCCAAGAUUAAAGGGAAGUUCUCAGGCAUUCACACAGGCUGUAUAUGCUUGUUAGAAAGGUGAUUAUGGGGCUGAGGUGUACAAAACCAAAACUCUAAUUUGAUAUGAAAACACAGCACUGAACAAAGCACUGCAUGCACUAAUUCCAUCUUUGACAGCACUCCCUUGUAAUUCAGGUGAUGUGGUUUCUGUGUGUGCUCCUGCUAUAGAAGUCAAUGCAGGUUUUUGCUGGUCGCAUACCUAAGAUUCAGCAGUUGUGAGUGGUUAGAAUCACCACCCAUGUGACCUUCUCGCAGUGCCGGGCAGUACCACUUACUCACCGGUCCCUGAGAGCAAUGCCACGUUAGCAGAAAUGGAGUCCAAUAAAAACAAAAAAACUUAAUAACUUUUAUUUUCCUGUUUGUUUUUAUAACAUUUUCGCUUUGUUUAUUCCCCUGAUGUGGACUGUUGUGACCAGCUGUGUUUUUUUGAGCUCACAGAGAGAGGUUAUCCGCACUUGAAAACAGGCGAAACAACAAAGAGAGCUUCAGAGUAAGGUUGAUUAAAGAAAAUUUGGUGUGAAAGCAGGACAUGGUGUUACUUUUUAUUGGUUUUAAUUAUCAUGUUGUUGCUCUCUGAUCCAUGCUGUGCUAGAAGAGAGCACUGCUAUGUCCCUUCCAACUGCAAGCUCUUUGUUAUUGUAAUCAGCCCUUUGCCUGCACACUCACAUACACGUGUAUGCGGUCAUGAAGACACAGGUGCAUAGACGCACACACACACAUACACUCUCGUUGCAACACAGAAACCCCAGCCAAGGCUUUUUGCUGCUCUCAUUUCCCGCUCCCAUUUGAUGUGUAGAUUAAAGGCAGUUUCUGAAUCAGGCUCCCUGGCUGCCUCAGCAUCUCUCCUCCUACCCAGAACUUUUUCCCCAGCUCUCAUAGGCUUUAUUCCUGUUACCGUUUCUCCACAUAGAUGGAAUAAUCAUGUAUCAGAAUCCAAUUUCCAUGUGUUCAAGAAAUCUCUCUGUCCCCUCUCCCAGCCCAGCUUUAAUGAGGUGUGCUUGUAAAAAGUUAGAGGUCUCUGGUCACUCGUUGUAUCAGCCUCAUUAAGCGCCUUGCAGGUCAAUAACUUCCACAGCUGAUUGCGUCUCGCCAAGAGAAGAAAGGUGAGAUGAAUCCCCAGGAGAGGCAGAAAGAUAGGAAAGAAAGAGAGAGGGGGAAAAGAUGGGAGGAUGAGGGGAGCAAAGAGAGGGGGAAAAAAGGAGAUGGGGCAAAAAUAUUAGAACAAACAACACAAGACAAGAUGGGCUUUUCACAAAUAAGGAGAUAAGACAGGAAUUCCUCUCACGCCGAGCACUCUCGCUCUCUCAAGGGAGACGGCUGAGUUAGAUUUGUGUGCUCAAGCUUGCGUAAAGAAUAGUAGAAUGAAACAUGCGCAAACACACACUUACACACACACACACACAUGCAAGAGGCAAAGAAGACAAAAUGGGCAGAAUAACAAGCAUCAUAUACUAUCAGUUCAGGGUUUGACAUGGCUCUCAGGCUUUGGGCACAAGAGAUGUUCCUCCCUCCCUCAUUCCUCUGCCACUCAAGUGUACUACUCUAAAUGCGUACAUGCACUCCUGUACCUACAAAUCUCCUGUAUUUGUGUAGUAGGAUGUGUAUGUUUGUGCGCAUUUGCGAGUGUGAAUUUGUUCCACAGUUAUCGGAGGCGAGCAGACACACCGUCAGAGUGAGUGGUGGGGAAAAUCCUCUUUGUAAAGUAGGUCAUGGAGUUAGAAGCCUAGUGCCGGGAUAAGCUCGCUUUAGCAUGUCUGCUAAUUAUGCUGCCGCCCCUCUGUGCUGAGUCACAUCCAGAAAAUCCUCUACAGCAGACACAAGAACCAAAGGGCUGAAUGAUGGGCGUCUGGGUGGCACCGUGUCUCCAGGUUGUAGAAAAAAGAGAAAAGGUCAAACGAUAAAAAAUGCUGCACCUGUUUGUAUGUUAGCGUGUCGAAAUGUUUUGUUUUUAUGUUAAACUGAGGGGGCUUGAGUGUUUUUUUUUAUUCAGCUCAGGUGAAAAUAAUAGAAAGAAUAGAGGCUGGAAUCCAUUUAGCUGCUUUGGGUCCCCUUGUUGUGCAUGUUGGCUCACGGUCACACUGACUGUGUCUCAGUUCAGUGGCUGCAUUCAAUUUCUGCAUUUGGAGCUAGAUUGUGAGGAGGCCAUGCUGUUCCAGAGGCUGCUUUUAAUAGGGACAAGAAAUAUAACAUUUUCCCCCAUCGUUUGAGAACCCAUUAAAUGAUACGAUAUAAUACAACAUGAUUGAUAUGAUACGAUACAAUAUGAUACAAUAUGAAACAAUAUGAUACGAUAUGAUAUGAAACAAUAUUAUACGAUAUGAAACAAUACGAUAUGAAAUGAUAGGAUAUGAAAUGAUACAAUAUGAAACAAUACGAUAUGAUAUGAAACAAUACGAUACGUUAUGAAACAAUAUUAUACAAUAUGAUAUGAAACAAUACAAUACGAUAUGAAACAAUACAAUACGAUAUGAAACAAUACGAUACGAUACAACAUGAAACAAAUAAAUAUCGUCAGGGCAUCUAUAGGGUGGCUUACUGCUUUGGGAUUUAUGCAGAGCAUUUAUUUACCUAUGAGGUGGGAUAAUGAAGGUCCACACUUUAUACUCUUAUCGUGCCAAAGCAGAAAGAUUCAAGGGGAAAAUGUAGCGAUUUUUCUCUUUUUUAUCCAUUUGAAUCAAAACAAAACAGUCAAGCAGUUAGUCAAAUAAAACCUUAAAUGUAAAAGCAGUUUGAAGAGGAAUCAUGCAGAUUAAAUUAUGGCUAUAACAGAGCAGGUGGUGUGAAGGAUGGUCAGGAAUAAACAGAAUGGGCAACAUUCUGUUAAGUAUCCUCUUUGUCACUACUGUAAAUGUACACAGUGUGCUGCCACUUAUAGAGCCAAUAUAAUACUAAAAAACACUUUAUAGAAUAUAUCCAUUCAAAAUUGAAGGCAUAGUCUUUGAAAAUGUUACUUUUCCCUGAAUGAUAUUCCACUUUUCAAAACCAUGUUUCCAAGAGUAAAUCAGUGUAUUUCUAGCAUCAUCACAACGUGAUUGACAGAGCUUGAAAAACAAAAAUCCCCAUUAUUCACAUUUUCAAAGUAGUGAAGUCUCUGUGUUGAUUUUAACUCCACAAUAUUUUUUUUGUGAAACACCUCUACACAGGCGUUGCUGCCUGAUUAGCAACACACUGUACAGACUGGGAUGAUUGACAGCUUCUUCUCUUUCCUGCUAGUUUUAUGAACACCUGGUGGAGUGUGGCAUUGAUAUCAGUUUUAUGACCGUUGGGACUGGUCUUGUGUAAUUUUGGGUUUGACUUCACCCAGAAUGACAAGAAAAAGAUAGAAAAGCUAGAAAAAAAUGUGUUUUUUUAUCAUAUAAAUAAAAGAUAAAGGGCGUUACGAGUGGGUCAGUGCUCACAUGAAUAUAAAUGACAGCACAAAAAAAAGGGGGGGGGGGGGUUGCUGUUUUUCGUAUGAGAAAUUCGCAGUUGCUUUGACCCAAAAAUAAGUGACACUCAGUCAAAUAUAUAAAUAAACACAGAGCCUUAGUUUCGGUAUCUUGAAUGUGAUCUAACUUGACAAGCUAAUCGGAAACCAUUCUCUUCUCUGAACAGAUGAUUAACUUUAAAUACACCCUCAGUCAAACGUAGCAGAAGUUUUCAUAUUCAAAAUAACCGAGCAUUAAAACAGCUGGACCGGCCCAGCGGCCCGUAAAGCAGUGAUAGCUGUGUAAUGGUGUGUGAGGACAGAGAUGCAGUGCUGCAGAUAGGAGCCAGCUAUGAAGAGUUCCCUUGUAUCUCAAGUGUGUAUGUGUGAAGCAGACAGAGGAAGAGAAGGAGGGGGACUGUAGUGAUGUGUUAUAACUCCCCACUUACAGCUUGUCCAGGCUCUGAAGUCUUGAACCGUCUGCCCUGUAUCUCUCCUUCUCUUUGUCUCUCCUUGUUUUCCUCGAUCUUCACCACACUGCGCUCUUUUAUUCUCACCCUGUCUUUCCCUCCUGGCUUUUUACCUUUUAUCUUUGUGCCUGUGUUUCAUUUCACUGCCCGCAUCAACCCUUCCACAUACACACACAGAAGAAGAUGCAUCAGUAUUCUGCAGAUUGGCUGUAAAUUCGUCUCCUGGCUCAGCGCAGGUGCUCUGAUUUCAGCCCGUUUCCACUCGAACUGAAACAUUAUCGUCUUACAUUACUCUCUGCUUGUUUUGGGGGCUCUACUUGGAUGCCUGAAGUAUUGACCUACAUACUUUUCAUGUCUUGCAAGUGUCCACACAAGUAAGAAUCAGCUUGUCCUGUUUGCCUGGAAGAAACCGAGCUCGCCCCUUUCAGCGUUACAGGAUCACACACGCAGAUCAGCUGCCAAUAUCUGUUUCAGAGGCAGCGAUCCAAAUGAGAAAAGACAAACUGAAUACACAGCUCAUGCUGUACUUUGGAUUCUCAGUAUCUAUUUUCUAUGUUUUGGAUUAUCCUUAAAAAGAGUGCCAUCCACCGUGAAAAUGCCAAACAUUAGACGAGUUCUUGGACGAAUGAAAAUGGCUUCCAAGCGUUUCAUCUCAGCAAGUUUGGCCCAUUACAGCGAGAUACCAACUAUCAUUCGCUGGCAUAAUUUAAGUUUUAAUUUAUUGUUUUUCAAGCCACGUAAAAGGCCAAUGUCAGACCAAUGUGUGUUGAGAUUAAUGGGAAAAGGUUAAAAAAUGGAGAUGCAAUUACCAAACUGAUAUAAACUGAACACUAUGUAGGAGGGAGAGAGCACGGGUUAUGAAUGGGAUUUUAAUAAUGCGCCACAGCUAAUGUUUUUUCACGUAGCGAGAGCUGGUAACAGCACUUAGGGUCACCUGUCGGGGUGCAAAUUUGGAGCUUCGAGACAUUAGGUACGCUUUAAUUUCCUGUCAUAAUUAAAAAACUCUAAAACAGCUUUCCCUUCAGCGCUGCAAAAGACACAAGAGGGGGGAGGAAUCUGGCUUUUAGUUUCAAGAUACCCCGUCAUAAAUGGAAAUUUUGACCUAUUUUUGGUGCAGGAUAAAACCGCCAAAGUCAUUAGAAAGAUUCCUCAGGAGAGUGUGAAAAUCUGUGCCACAUUUCACAUCAAUCCAUCCAAUAUUUGUCAGGGAAUUUCACCCCAAAACUCAAGCGUGUAGAUUGACAGAUUGACGGAUGGACCGACCCACUAGACACCGCCAUCCCGAGAGCUGCCUGUGCGUCUAAAAAUGGCAGGCGUCAUUAUCAUCAGAGUGUAUUCCUCGGCGCUGUUUAUCAUGGCGAUGUGGUGGUGGUAGGGCGGUCCCCACCUGCUUUUAAUGAGAAAACCACUGAUACAGAAAAGAUCAGGGAAGAGGUCAGAGUGGGUGUGUGACUUCAUGUGUGCUGUGUGUUUGUAGAGAUGAAACGGAGAAUCCCAGGAAACCAGGGCAGGGUCAAAAACACACACUGCAGCUCUUGUCCCUCAUCCUGUCUACAUAUCAGCAUUCAGCAGACCACCCUGCCUCCCCUUAUCAGGAUGGAACUGAUUUGGCCCUACUGUAGUUUCCACGCCUGGCGUUUGCCUGUUUUUCCCCCUCAGCUGUUUGAGAGCAACUGAUCUGCCCAUUUUUCCUUUUUUUUAUCGUCCUGCUGAAUGUUUUUUUGGUGUCUUUUUCCAUUGAAUCAGCUUCAAACUCCAUCUCACAUGAUGUUUUCGGAGAGCUCCUGGACAUGUUGGCCUCUUUCACAUGCACCCCUCAGGCCUAAUCUCUUUGGCCCCCUGUCAGUCAGACUGACAAGCGUGACACACCUCCCUCUCCCUCCUUCUCCCUCCCCCUUCAGCCUUUGUGUUUUCUCAAAAGUCCCCCUCACCUCAGAAAGUAUCUAAAUCUGCUAAAAAAAAAAAAAAUCACCCAGCACUUUGGUCACUAGCAUGUCCCUCACUUUCUCCCUCGACGUGACACCUUUUUGCUCAUCUUUAGGGACUGAACUCCAAAGUGGGGAAGUAAACAGAAAGAGUUGAGCGUCCUGUCCGCGCUAGAAGGUCACCUCUGUUUCUGUGCGAUAAAAAAGGCUUCGGCUUUUUUGACAGCUGGCCAGCUUUCACCUGUUCCUGAGAUUUUUUUUUCCCCCUUUAGCUGCAGGCAGAUGAAAAAAAAAUCAAAGAUGUUUGUCUCUUAUUUUUUAUUUAGUUUUUGUUGACUUUUCAAAGCUGGAACUUGGGGAAGAAAAACAUACUUUUACUCUUCUACGUGAGCUUUCUACCUUUCAACCCACCCGCAUCACAUUCUCCCGCUGCAUCUUGUUUCCAUUUCAUCUCUUAUUUUGGCUCAUGUUUUUGUCUUUUUGUUUAGUUCACAGUCUUAUUCUGUUGUUGUCUCUCUUUUGAUUUCCUUCAUAUUUAUUCAUGUGUUUCAUCCUUUUUGUUUUCAGUUGAUUUUAUUGGUGGAUUUGACCCAUUCCCUCUCUACCAUGUCAAUGAGAAACAAACUCAUCUCCUCUUAAAGCCCAUGUACCUGUAAGUAUGAAUGUGCUGACAUACCGCUAUGUUUAAAAGUUCCUCUGUGGGUUAUACAUGACACUUAAUCUGGUGAGAAAAUGUCCACAAGUCAAAAUCGUGAUUUUGUACCGUUUUUUAACCAAACUUCAAAGUUGAAAUCCUGGUUUUAGCUCACCAAAUGACUUUUCCUGAAACCUUUUACCAGAGAAGUUAAUCGAAACUCACUUGUCACUUGUUUCCAGGAGCUAACAAAAACGUCACAGACUAUGAGUGAUUUCGCCGAAAGUCUCUUUAGGUUUGACUCAUGUCUCGAAGUUAACCUCACUCUGAAACAUGCUACAUCCUGUCAGAGAGCUUCAGGGAGAACGUGAAGGCAUUUCACGACGCUGCGUAUGUUAGGUGUACGUGUGCUUUCAAUCACCGCAGGCAGCUUCUGAUACAACCACAUGGAGAAAGAUGUACUAGGAAUCUGUGUAAAAUGAGAUUUAUCAAUUAGGUUUUUCAAUAGACUUAAUGACAAUAAGCCUAGGAAGUCAUGAUAUAAUCCUCUGCCAACAUGACAUGAAUAUUUUAUUAGCUCCUUGACAGUUUAAUCAGCUCUGUCUUUAAUGGGUGGGAGGAGGUUUUUGUCUCCCCAAUCCAGUGGGAGUCAUAUCCUGCAGAAAUGUAUCCAGCGAAGUGAGUGUGUGUCUGGAUUUCCCAUAAAAACCUCUAACUCUUCCACCCAUGUUUCUUUUCCUCUCUGUUCUACCCAGGUCUACGUAAAUAGAAGACACGGUGUCCAGCGGGGAGGUGACACAGCAAGUUCCCACGGAGACAAAAUGGCUGUUUUGACACAAACACCCCAGCACGCGGGGGAGCGUGCUAGACAUUCCUCCUCCUCCUCUUGAUUUCAGUCCUUUUAAACAUGUCAUUUACUGGUGCGCUGCCCCUGAAAAAAACACACAACACUUCCCAGUAAGGGUCCAUUGUUUCCCAUAAUGGGUUCAGGAAUGAGGGGAUUACAGUGAAACAAAGGCUCAUAUUUUGUAUUUAGGGAAGUAUCAAUCAUUUUCUUUGUGUUGAGUUCUCUACUCAGGUCUCAUUGCUGUGACCCACUGGUAAUGAUCCACCCAGGAACAUGACUGUAUAGAACAUGUACAGUAUAUAAAUACACUGUGGAUGUAAUCAGGGACUGCCCAGCGUUCCCAGUCUGCGGUGCCGAGUCUUAGACGACUCAGUGAUUUAGCAUGUUAUUGCUGGUUUGGCUCAGAUCUUGGCCGGAGGGCUGAAUUACAGUGCAGUCUGCGGAAUGAGCCAUUGUGCGCUGCCUGUUUACUUUAGGCCAGGAUCUGUGUGCAUAAAUACACGAGCAAAGCAGGAAGAGGCUGGGGAGUGGAGAGGUAAAGGGGGGAAAUGAUGGGGGAGGACAAAAGCACCAAACCUACAGGGGGGGGGAAUGCAUCAAAAAUAGAAAAUGUAAAUAAUGAAACAAGAACAGGAGGAGGAAUUUAGAUUUAGAGUUUGAAAUGUGAACUGACAUAAAUGCACACGAGCAUAAGAGAUGUUCCCAAAAAACCAGGAACAGCAUGUGAGUCUUAACUUUUUAUUUCUGGAGUCUUAUUCAUGUGACUAUUUUCACCAACAGCCAAGCGAGCGUGUCUGUGAAGUGUCAGAUGUUUCAUUAGAAGAGGUGCUUUGAAUCCAACUCAGCUCUCCUUCUCCUCACUGUUGACACACUAUGCUGCUGACAGGGGUGAUCAUUACACACACUCAAGCAAAAGAUUACACAACAUAUUUUUAACUUCAAGUAAGCAAAAGAUGUUUCCUUUUUCUUUGGAAUCCACAUGGCGCACAACAGUAUUGAGUCAUCUGGGUAUGGUCUUCAAGUGUAGAAGUAGCAUGGCUGUACCAGAGCUGUGUCUCCUGUCAGUACAGACCCUCAGUGGUGAUAGUCUCAGUUGUGAUUGUUACAUAGCAUGUUUUUUUACAGGGUUUGUUUGUAUUGUAAUUAUGUGUAUAACAUUAAGCAAUGCCGUAAGAGCAAAACUGAUGUCUCUGUGUGUGUGAAGCAGAAAGCUGCUGGGUCAGAUUUAUGUUAUCUGACUCAGCAACAAAAAAAAAAAAACAUAUGUAUUAAGGAUAACGUUUACAUAUGUGGGUCAUAUCUCUCUUACUGAUUGAUUUAGUAGCACUUUUUUAUUCAUGUGAGCUGAUGUCAGCUGAGACUCUGCAUCUGUGUGGGUUUACCACUUGUGUGAAUCACUACUGACCUCUGGUGUUCAAAGUGUUCAUGUACAAGUUGUAAGGUUCCUCACUUCUUCAUGUCUCGUCUCUUAUUAACUUCCGAUCAAACCGUUAGUUUGAAGUGAGUGUAUUUUUGCUGGUCUUUCAGGAGGACUCAGCACUUUGCAAUGAUUGUUUCAAAGUUCCACUCUGUCCUUUUUUUUUUGUUGUUAUUGAGACUACACAAAAAAAAAAAAAACAUGUGACUACAGAGCCAAGUUAAAAACUGUCUGCUUGCAUUCUCGUUUUUGUAAUCAAAAGAGUUACGAACAAAUCAGUUGUUUUUUGUUUAUUCUGCUCCUGUUUUGUCUCUCUGCCAGCACCCAAAAUACUCCAAAGUGUUAUUUUCUCUGUGAUAUUAAAAGUACUUCACUGCCACAGAAACAGUAACAAGCUGUCAAGGAUAGUAAAAAUCCGCCGAUGAAAGAGAUCCAGUUGCCACUCUCUGUUGGACAGACGAAAUAGUGUAUAAUUUAGAGUUUACACACUCCUGAAAGGCUUAUAGGCGGGUGUGUGUGCGUGAGUGAAACACAAAGCACCUCAUAUUGUAACAUAAUCAGUAUUAGUGGGAGAGGCUACUAAAAAUGUCAUGUAAACUUCCUCUCAGUGCAAUACAGUCUCUGCCUAAAGCCCAGUAACUGGAGUUAGCUGAAACUGUUAGGAUAGUGUUUGUGUGCUAGUCCCAUCAAAAACAGAAAAAAGAGCAAGCAUUGGUUUGUAGAUAAUCCCUUUUCUUUGUAUGGAAAGUGGGGAAAAAAACACAUUAUUUCUCUUCUGUUUUGUGUUUGUGUUGCUUCAGCCCCAUGUGACCUGAUUGUGAAAUGCUAUUUAUCCAGAACUGUGCUUUGUGGCCAUGUAAAAAGGUGUUUGUUAAUAAAAGAAUGUGAUCUUUUACUGCA